CACCGAUCAAUGCAAUUAUGAAGCAGAACAGGGUAAUACAGCUCCGCUAGUGGGAGCUAGUCCAUUACCAUUUGAUUCUCGUGGUAUGUAUCCACAUCUCUCCCCACACCAGCGUCUCAUCUUGGCAAAAUGUUUACUGGAAUCUCAUGCAUUCGCUAAACAAUUCAAUUCACAUGACGAACAGAGAAAUAUUCUAUUUCAGGCUGGAUUUAAGGUUAAGGCUAAACCAAAUUUGUUAAAGCAAGAAACACAUAGCCUACUUUGUACUCUGCGUAUUCUAUUUCGUUUGGCUGAAGAACCGAGUAAUAUUCAAGAAGAGGCUGAUGAAUUGCUGGAUCAGGUCAUAUUGGAGGCUUUUCACUACUAUCAUGGUUUAAUUAUUGAUGGACAUCGGCAUGCAUGGGAUCCCUGUUUAGUGUUAAUUAUUACUCAACUAAAUAAACUGUCACCUUCAUCCAGAUUUCAUAAGCAUGCGGCAUGCUUAUAUCCUGGUCUGUGUGAUUUAGUUGCAAUGGCUGGUGGAAUAUCACCUCAAGUUGCUGCUUUAAUGCGUAUAUUCCUACUCCGUUGUGGAACAUUCUUCAUGCCUUUGGGUGGAGGCAUAAAAACGACUGAAAGUUCUUCAUAGUACACAAUACUACUUAAUAUGUUAUGUAUACAGUUGUUGAUUACAUUCCAUACUUAAUAAUGGAUUGAUUAGUACUCUUCUGUACUAUUCGUAGUAUAUCUGUCUGUUUUACUGGAACUUGUGAAAGUGUGCAUUAAUUUUAUUUUCUCCGAUAUCAUUGAAACACAAGUAUCUUUAUGUGAUGUUGUAACUCCUGUGCCUUUUUCAAAUAUUACAGCUAUGAUAAGGUUGAUAUGUCUGGUGGAUUUUCUAUAGGAUAUAUAUAUAUAUAUAUAUAUAUAUAUAUAUAUAUAUAUAUGCCUAAGGUGGUUAUAUUAUUCGUAAACAGUCAAAUUAUUAUUUUUUCUUGUUCAUACCUGACUCAAAUAUCUUGAUGUAUGACUUACUCGAAGUUCUUUCGCUUGGUUAUCUUAAAAUACAUAUCAAUUCUUGUUUUUAGCUCCUCAUUCUAGUGUAUUGAAGGAGGAAAAUAAAAGUAUGUUAUAAAUAGGCUUUGAAGCCAUUUUGUUUUCUGUCCUUCUGUUCUUUUAUAAUGUGAUCACUUUCUUCUUUGAAUGGCUGUGCGAUUCUUUUAUUCAAUCAAAAUUCUCCUUCCCCCCCUUCCCAUGUUUUUAUCUCUUUCUGCUUCGGUAUAUAUUCAUUCACGGUAUUCAUGUAUUUUAUGAAGCGAAAUGUUUUCCUCAAUACAUUCCCCCAAAAUGUGAACAACAACUAACUAUCCUCUGUCACUACAAUCCUGUAUUUCUUCAUAGAGAUGUAUUGUAUUAUCUUGUCACAUUUUAUUGCGAACAGAGAAUAUGGAAUAUUUUACUUUUGUGCACACACACACAUUGGGGCACACGGGGCGAUCUCGGAUGAAAGCCACAAUCGAUGAUGAUGAUGAUGAUCACCAUCAAUUUAUUCUCCUCUAAUCCUGUGAGAUGGUACUUUUAAACAGUUAAAUGUCACUGCCUUUCUUUUUUUUUCAUUGUUGUUGUCUCUUAUCUCAUGACACUAAUUGAUUAUGUACUGUUUCUCUACUCUUCUUCUUUGCCUUCUUUUUUUGUCUUUCCUCGUUGUAUUUUUAAAAUAAAUGAAAUCUUUAAAUCUAUUCACUAGUUGUGUACUUUUACUACAGAGUUGAUUGUUAAAGAGAUGGAGUAGUUGAAAAAAGAUUCAAGGUCUUAUUCUGAAGAAGUUUUAAGGCAUAAUUGGUAUCACUUUUAUGCGUCUUUAUAUAUGAUAGACCUGUCCACUGGAAGCUCCCAUAUAUAUAUAUAUAUAUAUAU